CAACAAACGUACACGUUCCGACUUCACUGCUAUUGGAAGAAUCUGAAAGUUAUCUUCAGAGUUGUUCCUUUCUGAAAAACGAACACAGUCAUUUGCUUCUAGAUUUCAACAACUCGACUCAACGACAAAUUCAAUCAAAACUCGAUGCUGAUUUAUUCAAUUGUUUAUUGAACAAUGCCAGCUUGAGAGACAGAGCUCGUUUAUAUUCCAUCAGUACACCCCAUGCGGGAGCGUGGUUGAGGGCAAUACCAAACCCUAAUCUCGGCCUUUCCAUGCUUUCUCAUGAGUUUGUCAUUUCUAUACGGCUCUGGUUAGGGAUUAAGAUGUUUCCCUCUCCUCCAACUUCGAUCCUGUGCACUUGUCGUCAACACAUCGAUCCUUUUGGAGAUCACCUCAUCAGCUGUGGUACAGGUCCAGAACGCACCAGAAGACACAACGCAUUGGCAGAAGUCAUUUUCCAGGCGUUAUUAGUUGAGAAUAAAGACGUGGUAAAGGAAGUGAGAUGCAGUGGUAGUGACGAAAGUCGUCCAGGUGAUGUUUUUCAUCCUGACUUUUUAGAGGGCAAACCAGCUUAUUUCGACAUAACAGUCAGAAACUCAUUGCAGCCAUUGUACGUGACAAAAGCAGCAGUAAGGGCUGGGGCAGCAGCUGAAGCAGGUGAAGAACAGAAGGACACACGUCACGAAGCAAACGUUCUGGCAACAGGUGGUCUUUUUUACCCCUUGGUAUUGGAAACAUUGGGUUUCUGGUCUCCGUUCAGCAUUAAAACGUUAAAAGCUAUUGCAUCUAAAACUUCAGCUGUCAGCGGAAUUCGAUUCCAUCAAGCUUUCCAGAAUUUGACGCAACAACUUUCGGUACAGUUGUGGAAAUACAAUGCAAGGAUGUUGUUCAGAAGAAUUCAACUUGAAGUACAGGACAUUGAUAGUUGGGAUAUACCCACCGUAGCGUAGUGUAGAAUUUGGUAGUUAGUUCUGUUUAAAUGUAAAAGUAAAAAUAAAAAAUUUAUUAUAUAAAAAAAAAAAAAAAAAAAAUAUAUAUAUAUAUAUAUAUGAUAGUUGUAUUUUCGAAACCAAUUGCAAAAAUAAGAAAAAUUCGGCCGAGGAUGGUUUGAAACAAUUAACGUAACCAGUUCAGUCAGAGAAAGCGUACAGAAUGAGAAACUCGUCUGAAGAAGGUUAAUUAGUCAGUCAGACGAAAUUGCCGUAUAUUGCAAAUACAUUUAAAAAUAAACCAAACAGUUUUAGAGAUUGAAGCUUGGCACACAUAGUGAAGUAAAGCAGAAGACAUCAGUAAUGCUAUUCGUUUUUUUGCAGAAGUGCUGAGCCAAUUUAGUAAAGGGGCAUAAACGAGUUUAUGUAUUUACACCUUCAGCCAUUCUUAGAUAGUGACUAUGCGUCACUAUCAAAAAGUUCAACUUUCUUUUUUGCAAUUCUAAUUUCUUGUCUUAUUGUAUUAUUUUGCAAGCUUUGCAGAUAGAAGAUAGCGUUUGGUGCAUAUAGUGAAAAUUUUGAUACUUGAAUAAAAUAUUGGUGAAAAGAUGAUUAUUUGGUAAUAGAUGAUGGAAACAGUACAGUGUAGAAAUACAGGUAACCAAAAUUGUCAGAUUGUUCUUGACACAAACAGGCAAGGCAGAAGGUGUCUUUGUACCUAUUGCAAUUACCAUGAAAUGUUUGGCAAUCACCAAUUGUAUUAGUUUAUACGUUGUGUCAGUGUAUCAUUUCAUUGAGUCAAUGGUAUUAU